ACUUAGGCCUAAUUAACUGAAGUUCAGCCACCUGCCACUCCUGACUGCACAGAAGCCAGGUGCAGGGCUGCACUAAGAGACACCCAGGGCUCUCUUCGAAGGGGGACUGGGACAGCAGCUGCUGGAGUCGGCUGUCAGCCGCCUCUGCCAUAAAAGCCACGAGGAGAAACGAUUUUGAGGAGGGAAAUGGAUCUUAUUUUGUCACCGAGGCUGGAAUGCAGAGGUGCAAUCACAGCUCACUGCAGCCUUGAACUCUUGGGCUCAAGCAAUUCUCCAGUCUGGGCCCCCCAAAGUGCUGGGAUUACAGCUCUCCUUCAGGAACUGCCUCUGCAGGUCUUUCAGUGUUCGCCUCUGGAGCUCUGCUCGGGCCCGCGAGUUCUGGCGUUGCCAUCCGUGGCCUUUUCCUUUUUCUCCAUCACCUGUCUCUCUGCCGCAGCCGCCGUGCUCAGCGCGAGCCCCGGAGCCCUUCAGCGCGAGGCACGGAGCCCCCGGAGCCCCCAAACCGCAGCCACAUCCCCGCGCCCCAGAUCCCCGGCCUGCGCGCCCAGCCGGGCCCGCGCGAUGCCCUCAGACCGGCCUUUCAAGCAGCGGCGGAGCUUCGCCGACCGCUGUAAGGAGGUACAGCAGAUCCGCGACCAGCACCCCAGCAAAAUCCCGGUGAUCAUCGAGCGCUACAAGGGUGAGAAGCAGCUGCCCGUCCUGGACAAGACCAAGUUUUUGGUCCCGGACCAUGUCAACAUGAGCGAGUUGGUCAAGAUCAUCCGGCGCCGCCUGCAGCUGAACCCCACGCAGGCCUUCUUCCUGCUGGUGAACCAGCACAGCAUGGUGAGUGUGUCCACGCCCAUCGCGGACAUCUACGAGCAGGAGAAAGACGAGGAUGGCUUCCUCUACAUGGUCUACGCCUCCCAGGAAACCUUCGGCUUCUGAGCCAGCAGUAGGGGGGUCGGCCUGGGAGUCGGGGGGCCCCGGUCAGGCCCUGCCCAGAGAGCUCCUGCUUCCUGAACUGAGCUGCCUCUGCCGUGGUGGGCUGGGCAGGCAUGUGCCCCCCUAGUCAGAGGGCACCAACCCACCUACUCUGCCCCUGGGUGGAUCCUGGGCCGGUCAUGUUAGGGUUGUCCCUCUGGGUGCUGGCUGGGAUGGGGGAGGGUGGGGAGCAGCUCCCAGCACCCCUGCUGUGUGGUUCAUCUUUUUUUUAGGCCCCUGCCUGUCUGCCCAUCUGUCCCUCACCCACCCGAGGCUCUGCCCACCGCCUGGACCUGCCCACCCCUGAAAGACUGGCCCCUGGCUCCCCGCCCCUCAGUCUCCACGUGGUGUAUGGAUCUGUGGUCAUUGUCCCUCUGCAGAAUAAAGAUUGCUCAGGCCUGCCUGGC